GUGAUCAUGUGCAAUUCAUCACGAAAAUACGAUCCGACCCGGGAUAUUACCUUGAAUACAGGAUUGAUUCCGGGGACACUGAUUCUCGACCGUCCUUUUUCUGAAAUCGAAUUGGGAUGAUCGGGGUCCCGACAAGGAGGGAAAAAAAAAAUAAAAAAAAAUUCAACACUACCGAAACCCGUCGCGUCUACCGGUAGCCAGGAUCCUGUGUGAUCAGCAAACGAAACGCCGGUCGGCCCGGACGACGGGCGGUCCGCAACUGCUGGAAGACCUACGUAGUAAUGCGGUUAACUAACUUCCACGAAGGUACGCACCUGUGCAUGCCGUGGUGGACCAAGGAGCUCCUGGCAGCCCAGUAUGGAUUUAACUUCUGUCAGGCAUGUCAGGUUAAAGAGGAGACCAGGUCUGCCAGGCAAGCCAGGCUUGCCAGCUGA